AAAAACAUCAAACCAACUGUUGGUAUUUAUACAAUGUUCUUCCUUAAUUGGCAAAAAGCUUUUUCAUCACACUAUGCAGAAGAAAAAGACGGUGAAACUGAAACUACUUUCUCGCCGUUAAAUCAGCUGAAACAACUCUCUCGCCGUUAAAACUCGUCGUUAAAUUAGCUGGAACAACUUUCCCGUCGUUAAACGUCGCUGUUUUGCUCAUUUUCCUGUUUGCUAUCAGUUCAGGUUUAGACUGGAGAGUUUGUAGAUAUGGAGUUUCCAUUGAUAUCUCGAUGUGCAAAUAGUCCAUCAACGACGUCGUUUUUGGGAUGUAAAGUAAAUUUAUGUGAUUUUCGGAUUAGGGGUAAUUUUCGAAAUAAGAGGAAAUUUUCUGUGUUGAGAGUUAAAGCUAUGGCAGAGAAGUCAAGUAGUACAGGUGACGUGGAAAUUAGGGAGAGAGAAAGUGGAGGGUAUACGGGAAGUACGAUGGAGGUGACUACAUUUAAUCAGAGUUUUGGGAGUGAUGCACAGUUACCUGUUUGGGAGAAGAUUGGUGCUGUUGUCAGACUCAGUUAUGGAAUCGGUAUCUAUGGAGCAAUGGCUUUAGCAGGGAAGUUCAUAUGCUCAAUUUCGGGAAUCGACGGCACAGGAGGGUUCAGUCCAUCAUUAGAUGCCAUUGUUGUUGGACUAGGAUAUGCAGCUCCACCCAUUAUGGCUCUUCUAUUUAUACUAGAUGAUGAAGUUGUGAAGCUAUCUCCUCAUGCUCGAGCGAUCAGGGAUGUGGAGGAUGAAGAGCUACGGAACUUCUUUUAUGGAAUGUCACCUUGGCAGUUCAUUCUGAUCGUCGCUGCAAGCUCUGUAGGCGAGGAGCUUUUCUACCGCACUGCUGUUCAGGGAGCUUUGGCUGACAUUUUCUUAAGGAGUACUGAUUUGGUGACUGAUGCUCGAGGGAUGGCAGCAUUGACUGGUGUUUUUCCACCUUAUGUCCCAUUUGCUCAAGCAUUUGCGGCGGUAAUUACAGCAGCUCUCACUGGUUCGUUAUAUUAUAUAGCUGCCUCUCCAAAAGAUCCUACCUAUGUUGUUGCACCUGUGCUGAAAUCGCGUUCAGGCCGUGAAGAUCUGAAAAAACUCUUUUCAGCUUGGUACGAGAGGCGGCAGAUGAAGAAGAUAUACUCUCCUUUACUAGAAGCAAUACUAGCCCUUUACCUUGGGUUUGAAUGGAUCCAGACAGACAACAUUCUUGCACCUAUAAUCACACAUGGGAUAUACUCCGCUGUUAUUCUGGGACACGGACUCUGGAAAAUCCACGAUCAUCGGAGAAGGCUACAUCAAAGAAUCCAACAACUUAAACAAGAAGGCAAGAAUUCAAGUGACUUGUAAAGUGCCUGCAAAAGCGAGAAUGAAUAAUUAGGUGUCGUUUGCAGGAUUUUUCUGAAUUGUACUUUGGGAGAGAGGUUAUAGUACUGUAUAAAAUAUAUGUAACACAUAAGAAUAAAAUAGGUGCAUCGCCCAAAGUCAGUUGUAUACAUUAGGCUAGCAAAUAUAUACAUGUACACCCCCGUUAAAAUUGUACCUCUUGUAGAUUCUGACAUAAUAAUGAAAGAGUCGCUCAACUUUUUGCUUUCA